UUCCCACCCAGUACACUGUGCUGUUGAUGAAAACAUAACUGAGUUACAGAUGAGUAAACUCAAAACUGAUAUACAAGAAAUAAAGGAAGAAGUCGUUUUAGGGAAGCGAAAAUAUGAUGAGAUGGAAGUGAAAUCUAAUGGGUUGAAGAACACCAACGCUAAACUCAGGAAGACGAUAAACCGGCUGACAAAAGAGAAGAUGGCAGCUGUUGAAACUUCCGAGUCAUAUUUGGAAGAUGUCAAUAUGCUCCAACAAACAAGGGAGGAACUUGUGGCUCAAAUGGAACAGUUGGAGCAUAUGAUACAGGAAGCACAAGCCGAGGCAACAGCGGCAAGGCAAAGAGAGAGUGAGAAAACAGCAGAACUAGCUGAAACGAGAAGUGAAUUAAAGAAUGUGAAGGAGAAACUCCAAAUUUGUAAGAUUAGAGAACAAACAAAUCACAGAAACAGACUGAGAGCCGAAAGCAUUAACUGUUGGGCAGUAGAAGAGCUACGCCUGUCACAACUUGGGAGUAACUCUAUCCUACAAGUGAGUGGGCAAAGAAGUACACUCAACUGUAUUGCAGAAUGCAAAUGAAAUGAUAGCAAACGUGUUUGUGUAGUGCCUGGUGAGUUAACCAUCAGGUAUAAAAACCAGGAUAUCAAAAAUCCAAAAAUAACAAACAAUGGGAAAGUGACUGAUAGCCUGGGCAAAGACGUUUGCAAUCUUUAUGACGGUAUAUAUUAGAGGAGUAUAAAAUACCAGUGGAACAGGUACACUCAGUUUACUUUAAAAGAAAAAUUUGUUGGUUAAUUUAGUUGCUAAUAGUA